AUGUAAACUUUAAGGAAGUAUUUAAAAAUUGGAUUAAGGAAAAGAUCUUAAAUACCAAUUGCUUCUUUUGAGGAUAAAGAAGAAUAAUAUUAUUAAAACAUGGACGAAUAGAAAUAAUGUGAAGAAUCACUAUAUUGUGAAUUUAAAAGAAUGAGUAUUUCUGAACAAACUGAUGAACAUCUUAAAAAUGCCAAAAAAAAAAAGUAAUAAUAGGAAGGAGAAAAUUUCAUGUUUCUAUAUUAAUCCAAUCAACAAAUAGUGGAAGAAAAUAUUAAUUACAGAUCUACUAAACACAGUGUUGAAUUAUAGGAAAUUGAAAUUAUUGACAAUUCUUCUAAUGUUCUCUAAGAUUAAACAAUAGAAUAAUUUAAUAUUAUUAAAGUCGACGAAAUUGAUUAUGUUAAUUAAUUAAGUUUCUUAAAAUAACAAACACGUCUAAACCAAGAAACAAAAUCUUAAUUUAAGUCAUUUAAGAAAAAUAAAUUUGAUUGUUUUUCUAUUAAACAUAAAAAAAUCUCAAAAUGA